AUGGGUGAUGGGUUUAGAAUCCAGCGUUUUAUUGAUGCUGGAGAAGAACCCAGUAAACUGCUAAUACCAAUCGAAGGCUACGAGAAGAAAGAUUUAGUAUCACUCAAAGAAGCUAUUGAGCCAAUAAAAAAUUUGUUGCAUAAUACUGAUCGAAUGGUAGAUAUAGCUUUGCAGAACUCCAACGAGCCACCAGAUGGUAUCACCACUGAUGAAUCAGCCGCUAUUCAUAUUUACACGAUACAAUGGCCUGACACGCAUGAUAGCCUGUACAAGCUUCUCAAUCGAGCGCUACGUGAUGAGAGACGAAACGAACUGAAACCAUGGUUCUCCUACCUCAAACUUAUUCUUACCGCUCUGUACAAGUUACCACCCAUCAAGAAAACACUUUGGCGCGCUGUUCGCGAUCCGCUACUAGAUUUCGAAUUCAUACCUGCUCAGGACCUCGUGCGGGAAGAGGAAAUUGGUCGUGGAGGCUUUGGGGUAGUUCAUCGUGCUCGAUGGUUAAGUCACAACCGGAUAGUUGCUGUCAAAACGUUGCAUCUUACACACUUGGACAAACAAGCCGAAAAGGAAUUCUUCAAAGAACUUUCAUUGAUGCAUAGUAUUAGCUAUCAUCAUAUCGUAACUUUCUAUGGCGCAUGUACUGAAAUUGGAAAGUAUGCAUUGGUGAUGGAAUACAUGUCACUCGGAUCACUGUACAAACUUCUUCACAAGGAUAAACUAGUAUUAGAUUGGUCUGAACGAUUAUCCAUCGCUUUGCAAGCAGCCAACGCCAUCAACCAUCUACAUAAACUACAACAACCCAUCUUGCAUCGUGAUAUCAAGUCGCUGAAUUUUUUGUUGGAGAAGUCCUAUCAAGAGUAUAUUGUGAAGGUAUGCGACUUUGGUUUAGCUCAAACACGAAGUGAAACAACACGACAGACGAAACAUAAUUAUAUGAUAGCCUGUACAUUGCAAUGGACUGCUCCUGAAAUACUGCGUUUAAAAAAGUAUACUGAUAAAAGUGAUGUUUACAGCUUAGGAAUCGUUUAUUGGGAACUAGCUGCAAAUGAAAUACCUUAUGAUGGCUACCCAAAUGAUAUCAUUUCUGAUUAUGUGCGUCGUGGUGAACGUUUAGAGAUACCCGACGAUACACCACUACAAUUUUCUGCUGUGAUCACAAAAUGUUGGGCGAAUGAUCCUGAUGACCGACCGCCUUGCUCUCAAUUAAUUGUACUCAUCGAAGAAUGUAAUAGAAAGCAAAAAAAGCUUGGCCAUGUCGUAGAUGAUGAUGUGUUAAAAUUAGCUGAAAAUGAAAUAAUACAAGUACUUCAAUUAAAAUAUAAUGACAGCAAAGACGAAAUUGUUCAUGAUUUGAUGGAAAAUGGUCGGCAAUCAUUGUUCAAAUAUGAAGAUGAUCUUUUACCAGAUAUCUAUACAGCAGCAAUAGAUGAAAAGGACAGUGACUUUAUGAAAGCUCUAAAAUAUUAUUUGGAACAACAAUGGAAAAUACGAUAUAGUUCAAAUGAAUGGUUUGUUUUAUUUCUAAAACAAAAUGAAGAUAGUCAAAAUUAUCAAUUUAUUUUGAAUCGUACAGCUGAAUAUGGAAAUAAAUAUAUGAAAAAUUGUCCAAUUUUGUCAAUUGUCUUACAACUCUUAUUCAAAGAGAUUGAUGACCAAUGUUUAACCGAGUUAAAUCUAUUCAAUGAUCUAUGGCUUACAAUAACAAAUCACGGCCUAAAAUCAAUAGAAAAAUAUUCUAAUUAUAUUUCAAAGGAUUUAUUGAAUACAAUAAUAGAAAAAAAAGAAUUAGUAUUAUUUCAAGCCUUACGUGAGUAUUAUCGUCCACAAUUAUUUCAAUUAUUGGAAGAGAGUAACAUUAAAAAUACAGACAAUUUGUAUGAGUUAGCAUUAAAUAACGUUGCUGACUAUGGUUGGUUAAAAGGUUUGCAGGAACUUCAAAACAAAAUAAUACCAAAAUGCUUCAAAAUAUUAUUAACGAAAAUACGAGGUAAGGACGAUAGCAUAGCACUAAUCGACUCAAUAACAGUAUCUUGCGAUACAUUCAGAAAGAAAGAUAAGCUUAAGGAGAGGGGCAAAUAA